GGGGGGGGAGCGGUUCCCAUCAGGGGAUAAACGCGUGUGCAUAAGGGCCAAUUGCAAAGGUGCUUUUUCGCCAUGUACUUCUUCACCUGCGUGCUUACCCCGGCAGAGGGACGCGCGAAUUCAUUUGGCCGCCCGCCAAUCCGAGCGACCAUUUUCAUCGCAACAGGUUUGUCACUCGCGGAAGGCCAUUUUGCGAAAAGGGUUUUUUCUCCCCAGCGGCAUUGCGCCAUUCAGCCAUUCAGCCCGCCGCGUAGCCGCUCACCGGGUAACCGCUUACCGCAUAACCGCCUACCGCUCACCGCUUACAGUUAAAUGGCGCGCCUACUAUGAACGCUGCCGCCCUGCUCGUCCCCCUCCUUCUGCUUUACCUCGACGUACUGCACAGCUUUGCAACCAACAGGGCGGCCUCCCCGAGGAACCCCUUCUCGUUGUUCUCGUCCCCCAACAGAAAGAAAGCCGCGCCUGAACAGCUCCCCAAGGGGAAGGCUAACAAAUUGAAGGACAAAAAGAAGAAAAAAAAAAAUAUCGCUCUGGAAAGGCUGCUCCGCCAGCACGCGGAGGAGGCGGAGAAGGCGGAGGAGGUAGAGAAGCGGGACGCGCCGGACAACCCCCGUGUAGACGUCGACGAGGAAAUUCUUCAAGGCAAAAGAGUGCCAAGGCUAAGAAUUAAAAACACUAACAAUCACAUAUACGCGACGGUGGUGGACGACUACAGGAGGCACAUACUCUGCUUUUCGUGCUCGAGAGACCCCAAUUUAUCGGGUGUGCUAGGCACGUACAGAAAUAAAACAACCAAUAGGGUUGUGAAUAAUGGGAGGACUAUUAAAUCUGGAUGGGAAAUUGGGAAGGACAUCGCCAGGAAGGCCCUACACAAAGGCAUUUUCAAGGUAAAAUUUGACAGGGGGAAGUUCAAGUACGCCGGGAAGGUGGAGGCCUUGGCUGAGGGGGCCCGCGCCGUGGGCCUGCAGCUGUGA